ACGCUUGCAACUGUCAAAAAACAUUCAUCAAAAAUAUAAACAAACGUUUGCGGAGGAGUACUUUUUGGUGGAAAUGGGUGAUACUGAGGAUAUAGACAUGGAAUCUUCCUCCUCAUCUGGAGAUUCGGAGGGAAAUGAUGCUGAAUGUGAUCAGUGGUUUGACACAAAUUCAUUUUCAUGUUCAAUGGAUGGAGGAUACCGACCUGAUCUCACCAGCAAAAGUGCAGAAUAUAUGGAAGAAAUCACCAAUUUGCUGGGAAAGUUUAUGGAAGUGGAUGAAAGAGAUGAAGACAAGGUGCUGAGCCUCAAGAAAGAUUACCUGAACCUCAUUGAAUUGGCAUUCUACUUGGACAACUUGGAGAUGAUCAGGAAAUGCUGCAAAAUUGCAUUUGCUAAAUUUGGAUUUGAUGAAUUCAAAUUGUUGGUGUGGCUCUAUCGUGAGCUCAGGGAGUGGGAAACCACGAAGAAUGAUACCUGCCUGGAGAAUAUCUACAACAUCUUCAAGUCAGCUCUCUCCCAGAAAUAUUCCUCGAUCAUCGUGUACAAAUUUAUCCACUUUGCCCCAUAUUCUGCCCACAAGGAAGAUAUCUGGAGAAAGAUCCUCGAUGUCUAUCUCUAUGACUUUACCGCAACGGCCAAGUACGUAAGCUUUUGGAAGGACUUCUAUUUGGAAGAUCCGCCGGACAAUGAGGAAAAGUGCCAAAAAGUCAUUGAUGUGUACACAAAGGCUUUGGCAAUUCCUCAUCUGGACAGUGAUGCUACGCUCAGGGAUUUCCAGGAGCUGUGCAAUGAGGCUCCUGAGCACUAUCGAGUGGACUGGGAGAAGAUUACGGAGAUUCACCGUGUGGCCAGUGCAAAGUUCCAAUCAAUUGCUCAGUAUGAGAGUGGAGUGAUUGAUGCGUCGGAUUUGGAGAAGCCAAGGAUGUUUCGGAAGUACCUGGAGGCACCGGAAACGGCGGGAUUUGAGCGGAAAUGGGUCCAAUUUGUCUAUGAACGAAUGGUUGGGGAUUGUUCGGGUGUACCUGGUUGCUGGAUUGCUUACAUACGUUACAGACAGGAUCUUCCGGAAGUUGAAGAUGCUUCCGGAUGGUUUUUCAAUCAAUCCCCUCUGGAUAUCAUCAAUAGAGCGUUGAUUUUUGUCAAAACCAGCGAAGAAUUGUUCUUGCUGAAGAUGGAACUUGUGGAAACGGAUAAUUUCACAGUGACUCCCUUGUUGAGUGUCAUGGAUGAGGCUCUGAGAGCCCCAUUCUCUUCCCCUGAUCCCCAUACUAAUCUCUGGGUGGAAUAUCUCACAGUUCUGCGGCGUUUCACGAACUUUGACUCGGAAGAGGGGAAAGAUCUUCUUCGGAGAAAUUUUGAGAAUGCCUGGGAAUCACUGAGUCAGCAAUGGGGCAAUCUGGCUGAUCAGAAUGGGGAGAUUUUGAAGCUUUGGGCAGCUCUUGAGUAUUCGGAUCUUGGAGAUCCGGGCAAGGGGAAAACACUGUGGCAGGAAGUAAUGAGUUUCGGGGAGAAUUCUACGAGAUCAGCAACAUGGUUGGAAUACAUUCAUCUGGAGGCACAAAAAAAUCCCGCUGGAGCUCGCAAAAUCUUCAAGAAAGCCAUAAAAUUGCCCGAAUUGAUUGAUCCGGAAGUUUUGGCAAAUGCUUGGAUGAGAUUUGAGCGACUCUGUGGUUCCAGGGAAAAUCUUCAGUACUGUCAGACUCUGUCAGAGGAGAUUCUGGAACAGCGUCAGAAGCAAGAGAGGGAGGAGGCUAAGAGAAAGGCUGCAUUUGAGAAGAAAAAAGUGACUUUCAGGAAGGAAGAGAAAAAUCCAAAAGAUCUCAAGAGGAAGCCCAGAGAAAAUUCAGAUCAACUUCCAAUCAAGAAGCAAAAGAUCGAAGAAAAGUCAGAAAGGCCAAAAGAAGAGAAACCCUUCACACAAUCUUCCUCAACGAGAGAUCCUGCCAAGGAUAAUGUGACCAUUUUUGUGAGUAAUCUGGACUACAGCGUGACCGAGGAGGAGAUCAGGCAAUCAUUCCCAGAGCUCAAUGUCAUCAAUUUUGACAUGGUCAAGAGCACGAGUGGGAAGAAUCGGGGCUUUUGCUACAUCGAGCUGGAAUCGGAAGAAAAGGUCCAGGAAGCGCUUAAGUUCGAUCGAAGGCCAAUAAAUGGGCGCCCUGCUUACAUUUCCGGAUGCCUCCGGGAGAGGAGUCAGCGCGAAAAAAUAUUCAAGUACUCUGAAGAGCUAGAACCCACGAAACUCUUCGUGAAGGGCUGUGGAAGUGCCACAAAGGAGGAUCUGGAGGAGAUAUUCAAGCCCUACGGAGAGCUCAAGGAUGUCCGGGUCGUCUAUCACAAAAAUGGCAAUCCGAAGGGAAUCGCUUAUGUGGAAUUCAAGGAUGAAGCUGCAGCCAGCACAGCUCUGCUCAAAGUGGAUCAGUAUCAGAUGGGAAAGAACACCCUGAGCGUGGCAAUUUCUGCUCCUCCGCAGCGUGGAGUCCCCAAAGGUGCACCUAAAGUUGAGAGUUUGGGAGCAGCGAAGCGUCUCUUGCAUCCUGGUGAGAUGCGUCCGAGGAUGGCUUUCAUUCCUCGGUCAGUCCUGCAGAAGAACCCUCCUAAGAAUGGACAAUAGAAUCCAUGAUAAGGAAUUUAUUGAGAAGAAAGAAAUCCAUUUGAAAAACUA